AUGCCAGCAGCACAAGCGGCUAAUUCUCCCGAAGCGCAACCCGAAAGCAAGAUCGUUCGCCUGCACAUUACGCCUUUUCGCCCCGAUCUGCUCAAGGUCUACAUCGCGCCGUCUAUCCUUCCCUCUGCGCAAAACAUCUCAUACCAUACCGUCGCCACAUUUCCCGAAAAAGGCUUCGGCUACGUAGAGCUACCCGAGACCGAAGCUCAAAAGAUCAAGAAGAAGCUGAACGGCACAAUCUUGAGAGGCUCCAAAGUGCGCAUAGAAAUGGCGAAACCUGAGAAGCGCAAAUCUCUGGUGGGCGACGCUGUCGAAGACGUCUCGGACGCCGAACGACCGUCCAAACGCGCAAAGAAGGACAAGAAGGAGAAGAAGGAGAAAAAAGAAAAGAAGGACAAGAAGAAGGGGAAGGAGCAGGGCGUACUGGACGGCGUUGAGCUACCAGAGGACAGGAAGGUCAAGCGUGGAUGGACCGAACCAGCGCCCAAGAAUAAGAAAGACCGGAAGGAUAAAAAGGACAAAAGCGACAAGGAGGCCAGAAAGGAAGCGAAGAAGGAGCGCAAGCACUCCAAGUACACCAAAGAGCCUGAGGUGCUCUUCAAGGCGAAGCUGACGCCUGUUGCCGCGACAGAGGUUGCGCACAAGGACGAGAAGAAAGGGAAGAAAGAGAAGAAGGAAAAGAACAAGUCCAACCGAGACGUGGUAAUCCAUGAGUUUGAGAAGAACAUCAAGACCCCCAGCUUCUUGAAACAACCACAGGUGGCGCUAUCGACGAAGCCUGCAGUCGACUAUGUCAAUGGACAGGGGUGGGUAGAUGAGGACGGUGUUGUCGUCGAGCCUGAGACUGGAAAGGCCAAGGCUAGGAGGGCUUUGGAGUUGGUAGAUGCGCCUUCAGAAGCUCAAAGAGCCUGGAUUGAUGGUACAGCAAAAUCUUCGUCUACAUCCAAGGACCAGAAGAAGAAGAAAGCUACACCUCCCCCAUCAUCGUCUGAAUCUGAAGACGAUGAAUCAUCAGUGGUUUCGUCUUCUUCGGAAGAUGAGGACUCUUCCGACUCUGAUUCAGAGGAAGAGGAAGAGGAAGAGGAGAAGGAGGAAUCAGAGCCCGAAUCAUCUGCAUCUUCUCCAGCCCCAGUCGCUAAGAGCAAGAAAACCCCCGAAGAGGCUCAGCCUACCAUGACAUCAGAGAAAGAAGUCCACCCGCUUGAAGCACUGUUCAAGCGUGCAAAGCCCGCUGAUGGCGCGACGUCAACCCCCACCAAGAAGCUCACUCCGAUUGACACAUCCUUCAGCUUCUUCGACAACAACGAGGACAUCAUGGAAGCCGACGGCGAGCCCACUGAGGGAGCUCCUACCACGCCCUUUACGCAAAGAGACAUCGAGUGGAGAGGUCUACGAAGUGCAGCACCUACCCCAGACACUGCUGCCAUUGGCCGCCGCUUCUCCUUCGACUGGCGCAAGAACAGCCAGGAAGCUGACGACGACGAGGACAUGGACGACGUAGACUCACUUGCUGAACAAAGAUUGUCUCACAACACGCGAGCGAAUGCCAGCAAGCUAGCCGGCGUUGCGGAAGAAGACGAGGACGAUGUGGCUACCGGCGCAAACGAGCAAGAGCCUGAGAGCGAGUUCAAAAGAUGGUUCUGGGAGAACCGGGGAGAUUUGAACAGGGCGUGGAAGAAGAGGAGACGAGACGCUUUGAAGGCUAAGCGUCAUAGUGAGAACAGGAAGAUGACGGGUAGCAGGAGAGUUUGA